AUGCCGUGUUUGCAAUCCGGAACGGCUAAUCCGUCUAUCACAAUAACUUUAGAUUCGGAUAGUGAUUCGGUGUACAGUGAUUAUCUCAGUCCGGAGAUUAAUUAUAAAAAUGACGUUCGUGUACAGUUCAUAGGUGACGAUACAAGUUUAUAUGGAACGCCUAAAGAGGAGCUUCUCCCGCCUUCUCAAGAAACGAACAAUGCUGUUGAAAUUAAGCCAAGUCCAACCAGUUAUUUAAAGGACCAAAUUUUAUAUUUCUUUCAACCAUCUGAUAAUAAACUAGCAAUGAAGUUAUUUGGAAAUAAGAAUGCAUUACUUAAAGAGAAAAUGCGACAUAAAAGGGUUGGAAAUUGGGUUAUACAUCCGUGUAGUAAUUUCAGGUUUUAUUGGGAUCUGGUCAUGUUGGUGCUGUUAAUAGGGAACUUGAUAAUCCUUCCGGUUGCCAUUUCUUUUUUCAACGAUGAUCUUAGUACACACUGGAUAGUCUUUAAUUGUAUAUCUGAUACAGUUUUCUUUUUAGACAUUAUAAUCAACUUUAGAACUGGUGUUAUUCUCAAUGAUUUCGCAGAUGAGAUUAUUCUAGAUCCAAAACUGAUAGCUAAACAUUACAUGAAAACCUGGUUCUUCUUAGAUCUUUUAAGUUCCAUACCAAUGGAUUAUAUAUUUUUAAUGUGGGACGCAGAAGCAGAUUUUAGCCAGUUGUUCCAUGCAGGUAGAGCAUUACGUAUGUUACGACUGGUCAAACUUCUCAGUUUAUUGAGACUGCUUCGAUUAUCUAGACUUGUAAGAUAUGUACAGCAAUGGGAGGAGGUAUGUUUUUUAGCAAUAGCCGGUAAAUUUAUGCGAAUAUUUAAUUUGAUAUGUUUGAUGUUUUUACUGGGUCAUUGGAAUGGAUGUUUACAAUUUUUGAUACCUAUGUUACAAGAUUUUCCCAAAGAUUGUUGGGUUUCUAUAGAAGAAUUACAAGAUGCUCAUUGGGCAGAACAAUAUACAUGGUCAUUAUUUAAGGCUCUUUCACACAUGCUAUGCAUUGGUUAUGGGAGAUUCCCGCCACAAAAUAUGUCUGAUACCUGGCUUACUAUAUUAAGUAUGCUGAGUGGUGCAACUUGCUAUGCAUUAUUUUUGGCCCAUACCACAACAUUGAUUCAAUCUUUUGAUACAUCGAGACGUUUAUAUAAUGAGAAGUUUAAACAAGUAGAAGAAUAUAUGAUCUAUCGUAAAUUACCGAGAAGUUUACGGCAGCGUAUAACAGAUUAUUAUGAACAUCGGUACCAGGGUAAAAUGUUUGACGAAGAAACUAUUCACAGAGAAUUAAACGAAUGUUUGAGACAGGAGGUGAUAAACCACAACUGUCGAGCACUAGUGGCUUCGGUACCAUUUUUUACCAAUGCCGAUCCCGAGUUUGUAUCUGAGGUUGUAAGUAAGUUAGAAUUUGAGGUUUACCAGAACGGUGAUUAUAUAAUAAAAGAAGGCACCAUUGGAACUAAGAUGUAUUUUAUACAAGAAGGAAUAGUAGAUAUUAUUACAUCAGAUAAUGAAGUUGCUACAAGUCUUUCUGAUGGAUCUUAUUUUGGAGAAAUUUGUUUAUUAACGAAUGCACGUCGUGUGGCCAGUGUUCGAGCUGAAACUUACGUGAAUCUGUAUUCUUUAUCAGUUCACCAUUUUAACGCUGUGUUAGAUCGAUAUCCUGUUAUGCGCAGAACUAUGGAAAGUGUGGCUGCUGAAAGACUGACCAAAAUCGGUAAAAAUCCUAGCAUCGUCAGUAGUCGUGCUGAUUUAGAAGAAGAUCAGAAAUUAGUUAAUGAAAUUGUG